AUGUUCAUUUUCCAUAGACUGAUGUUAGGGGUGACUAUUGAUGAAAAUCUAAACUUCAACAUUCAUAUAAAUGAAACUGUUAAAAAUCCUGAGCAAAAAGUGCGUGUUUAUGCAGAUGCUGUGAUUAAUCACAUGUGUGGAGCUGGAGGCCAAGGUGGCACCAAGUCUACUUGCAGAAGUACCUACUACCCAGGAAAGGAAGACUUCCCUGCUGUGCCAUUUUCUAGCUGGGAUUUCAAUGACAGCAAAUGUUACACAGAAAGUGGGAAUAUUGAAAACUACCAGGAUGCCACUCAGGUUCGAAACUGCCGUAUGGUUGGCCUCCUUGAUCUUGCACUGGAAAAAGACUACAUACGUGGAAAAGUUGCUGAGUACAUGAACAAGCUGAUUGGCUAUGGUGUUGCAGGAUUCAGAUUGGAUGCUGCUAAAUACAUGUGGCCUGGUGAUAUACAGGCAAUUAUUAAUAGGCUAAAUAAUCUGAACACUCGUUGGUUUUCUAGUGGUGCCAGGCCAUUUAUUUUCCAAGAGGUUAUUGAUCAUGGAGGAGAACCCAUCACUGUGAAUGAGUAUACUGGAAUUGGCCAUGUCACAGAAUUUAAAUAUGGUCAUAAGCUGAGUUAUGUUAUCCGUCGGUGGAAUGGAGAAAAGCUCUCAUAUCUGAAAAACUGGGGAGAAAGUUGGGGCUUUAUGCCAUCAGGGAAAGCCAUUGUUUUUGUAGAUAACCACAACACUCAAAGAGGUCAUGGUCCUGGUGGUACUUCUGUUCUCACUUUCUGGGAUUCAAGGCUAUACAAAAUUGCUGUUGGCUUUAUGUUGGCCCAUCCUUAUGGAUUUACAAGAGUGAUGUCCAGUUACUACUGGCCAAGAAACAUUCAAAAUGGAAAGGAUACAAAUGACUGGGUUGGACCGCCAGCUGAAGCUAAUGGAUCAACCAAACCUGUUAUAAUUAAUGCAGAUUCAACAUGUGGUAAUGGGUGGAUCUGUGAGCACAGGUGGUGCCAAAUAAGGAACAUGGUGAAAUUCCGCAAUGUAGUUGAUGAUCAAGCCUUCGCAAACUGGUGGGACAAUGGAAGCAACCAAAUUGCUUUUGGACGAGGAAGCAAAGGAUUCAUUGUUAUCAAUCUAGAUGACUGGCAAAUAGAUGAAACCUUGCAAACAGGACUCCCAGCUGGUACCUACUGCGAUGUCAUUUCAGGACAGAAGGAGGGAAGUGGCUGCAGUGGAAUAAGGGUCACUGUUGUAGGUGAUGGAAAAGCUCGUUUCCAGAUUAGCAACAGUGCCGAAGAUCCAUUCAUUGCCAUUCAUGUCGAUAACAAAUUGUAA